CAUCACAUUCAAGUCAGGAGGGAUGCUAGGAAAAUAGUUCCGAUUUUCUGUGAGGGGUUUUGGAGGCUUUCAGUGUGUGUCCAUGUUAUCGGCAUGAAGUUUCUGUGGAAAAGGAAGAUGCAGCCCUCCAGUCGAAUGAGAGAGAACUCAACUCUGCAUGCAGCUGCUUUCAUGUCCAGCCAUUCGUCGGGUUCCGCACAGACAGAGGUGUUUUGUCCGAAGCCUCGGUUCCACUUGGACCUUUGGCUUUGCUUCACUGUCCAGAACUGGAUCCUCCAUGUGGGCCUGAAUGUUGUCAUGCUCCUCCUUCCUGCAGACUGGUUUCCCCUGAGGAAUCCUGGUGUUGUAGAAUACCUACAGUUUCUGUACAACCUCACUACUCCGUUGAUGCUUCUCAAAAUACUCGAACGCAGACCCAGGAUGCUACCCCGCCUCGCCAUCCAUCUCGGCAUAAUCUCCGUUGUUAUGGGAACCAGCCUGCACAUGGUGACCAAUUCCAUCACGCGACGGCUCCUGCUGACUGGCUACCAGCUUCACCUGUCCGUCAGUGAGAACCCAGUUAUGAAAAACCUAAAACCACCAUUGCUGGCUGAUGUCUUUGAGCUCCUGUUUUACUAUGACAGCACCCUUGGUCAUCUGAUGUGGUACGUUCCCCUCUUUCUAGUACUCAUGCUCUACUUCAGCGGUUGUUUCUGUCACAGGAAGCAGAAGAUGCAGGAGGAGAAGAUGCCAACAGCGGCAUGGGUUCUGCUUAUUCCAAAUGCUGUCUAUUACUGGUAUAUGAUCACUGAGGGACAGACCUUCUUCCUCUUCAUCUUCACCUUUUUCGCCAUGACCGCCACAGUGAUGCACCAAAAGGGGAAGGGCCUGAUCCCUGACAGUAACGGCUGUUUUAUGCUCUACAGUUUCUCUGCAGCUCUGUGCCUGGUACUAAUCUGGGGGGCCUGCCUAUGGAACAACAGCAUCUUGAAAAAGAGAAUCUCUGGUCUGAUCUAUGUUCCACAGCCGGGUAUGGUCUACAGACUCUACUUCUGCCAGAACAACAACUAAAAGUUCACAGUGAGGCAUUCAGUGUACCACUAAUGAUGCACAUGGAACCAGAUGAGGACAUUCUCGAGUUUUCUAGGGAACGGCAGUCCUCACAUCCACCUACUGUGUACUGUGUACUGCGGAGAGUAUUCUCACACCAUGUGUCACUGUGUGUUAUGGAAACUGCUCAGUAGCAGACAGAAAGGCUUUGCAGCAUGACAUUAAGUCCCCACACAUGAUCAGUGGCUGUAUUUCGUGUAAUCAAGGACAUUUACAACAGAAGGUAACAUAAAAAACUCUUCAGAACCCAUGAAAGGCUUACCCAACUUCACUCAGGGCAAAGGCAGUACAACAUCAGGUCCAGGGUGCAUAGGCUCAGGAAUAGCUUCAGUGUAAUAUCUGAAUAUUGACACAUCUCUAUUAAUAUUUUGUACUGAUUUAGUACUGUUAGCGUUAUUAUUUAUUCACUUUCUUCUUCUUCUUUUUUUUUUUUUACUGUUGCCUGAUUGCACCUCAGUACUUAAGUUUUGUUCUCCUUUCUGUACCUCAUGUUUUGGAAGGGUAAUAAAAAAAAUCUUUGAAUCAAAGGGG